AUUAAUGUUAACUGCGAUGAUCAUUACGUAAACAUUUCAAUUCGAAUGACCUUUAUGGGUUUACAAGUAUUUAAAUAUUCAAUAUAUUCAAAUCUGCAGCUCCUGCUAAUUAUAAAAUUAAUGACCAAUAUUUUAUCCAUGAGACAGUCUAUUUGUAUUUGUCUUCUCCAAAAUCUCUCCUUAAUUGUCAUGCUGGAAGCAUAUAAUAUAUUUUAUAUAUUUUGGAUGUCAUAAAUUUUCUUAAGUUUUAUUCUUCAGAAUUACUUACCUAUAAAGUAGGGUACGAGCUACUUAUUGUAAACUGAAAUUUCGAAUUUUAUUAUUUAUAUAUAAUGGUUUAUUAUUUCGUUUAAUCAACUGUAGGUAAAAUCACUAAGCCUUUGAGACGCGUACCAUUUGAGUUUUCAUAUUAUCCAUGAAUAACUGUGCACCCGUGCAUUCGAUAAUAAUUCAAACAAUUAAUUAUCAUUUAUAUGACUUAAGAUCACAGAAAUUAAUUUGUAUGAACAAUUAUAUAGAUUAUAUUUAUGUCUAUAAUUAUAUAAUCUAUAUUCUAUAAUUGUUUUAUUCUAUAAAUCAUUACCUAUUUCUUAUAUCAAGGCUCAUGGCAUUUUUUGUUUUAGUUGAUAACAAAUCAGAUUACCAAAACAUUUGAUAAAUAUAGUAGGUAUUCGAUUGCAUAUUGCUUAAGCGUUUUCGGUUCUCCUUUAAAAUGUCUAAUUAUUGAGUGUCUAUUUUUCACGUGAAUUUGUUAUUAAUUCUGAACUAUAAACAUCAAAGACAUGGCAAUUAUCUGUCAGUCAACACUACUGUGCAGUCGUAAUUUCGCCGUCUAUUUGCUGAGAAAUCAUUACAAGGUGAGUCUCGAGUAAAGUCUACAGAUUCUUUAUAAACAUACCAACCGAUGGGUCGUACAGCUCGUCAUCGAUCUAAAUCCACUUCGUCCGACCUACGUCCUUCCACUGGUUACCAGUUGGAAAUCGUCUCUUUGACAUCGUGGAUGAAAGCUCAUGGAUGGAAGCCAACGUGUCGUUUGGCACCGGCUUGUUUUGCAAACACUGGCCGUGGAUUGAUGGCAGCUAAAAACAUAAGCGUAGGACAACCACUUGCCAUUGUUCCUGGUUGUCUGGUCAUAACGGUUGACAAAGUGUCAUUGUCUUCAUUCGGCAAACAUUUCACUUCUGUGUACAAAACACAACAGGUAUUAGCUACAUACCUUAUGUUCGAACGACAUAGAGGAAUCGAAUCGUUUUGGUAUAAUUAUAUUCUCUCAUUGCCCACGGUUAUCUCCAACGCAGCAUAUUGUACUGCUGAAAAUUUGCCAUGCGAUUUAUCAGAGAAAGUUUUAGACCACCAAAAUACAAUACUGACUACAUUCAAUCAAAUCAUGUCUGAAAUGUCUUCUAUCAUUUGUUUACACUGUUCUGACACUUUUGGUAAUAUUUUUACAUUUAAAGCAUAUACAUGGGCAUGGUCAAUCGUAAACACUAGAGCAGUUUAUAUAAGUCCAGACUGUAGUUUAAAAAACAAAAUAAAAUUGUCAGACGUCAACAAUCUAGCGCUCGCCCCAUAUAUUGAUAUGUUCAAUCAUUCUCCUCUAGCUUGUGUUCGAGCAACAGUCAAUCGUGUUAAUGGUGCAUACACUAUUGUUACUGAAAAGUUAUUUAAAAAACAUUCUGAAGUGUUCAUUAACUAUGGACCACACUCCAACACUAAAUUAUUUCUAGAAUAUGGAUUCAUUGUACCGUCCAAUCCACAGGAUUUUGUUAAUUUAUUAGCCAAUGAAAUAAUUUCCAAAACAGGCAAAAAUCCGAAUAAAAAACAAAUGGAAAAACUUAAAACUCAUAAUUUAUUGGAUGAUCAUUAUUGUACAUCUGAGGGCUUAGCGUGGUCAUCAAGAAUUUUAAUAUACUUGUUAAUUUAUUCAGAUAGACUAAAUGAUGAAGAAUUAAAAAAUCGGGUGUUUUCAAACUUGUUUGAUCAAAGUGAAAUUGAAGCUAUUUCUAAAAUUGGAACUAUUGUUGUAGAGACAAAGCUAGAAGAGACAAAACACUGGGAAUCAAAUAUGUUGAAUAUAUUAGAAAGUAAUCAGGAAGAAAAAGCAACUGGUUUUGGGGUCGCUACAGAACUUGUAAAGGAAAAUCGAAAAUUACUUGAAAACUGUUUACAAUCAUUAAAUGUUUAGUAAUAAUCUAUUUAGUAAAAAUUUUCUUUUGGAAAUAAAAUAUAAAUAUACCCAUUUUGAGGUAAAUUUGUUGAUUUUUUUACAUCUGGUUUUUAAUUAAACAAUAAGUAUAGUCAUUUAGUAUUUUUAGGUACUUGGUUUAAUUGUUUAUUAAAUAUAAUACUUAAUAUUAAUUAAUUUACUUUAUAAAAUAAACGUAAUGACUCAAACAGAGUCUGAUAAUUCAUUAUCAAUAUAAUAUAUUUAUCUAAAGGCAACCACGUCUUUAUUUAUGUCAGAUAAAUUAUUAUUGCCUAAAACUAAAUUUAAAAAAAAGUGGUGGAUUGUUAUUCUGGCCUCAUAAAUAUAUUUUUAUACUCCGAGGAGUGAGAAUAAUUUCUGCUAUUUAAAGUAAGGUAGGUAAAUUAAUAAAUACUAAAAAGAAUACAACAUUUUCUAAUUAUAAGAAAUAGAUGUUACAAUUCAUUGUUUUAAAUUGAUUCAUACAUAAAUCGCACUUGCCCAUUAUUAAAUAAAAUCCCUAUUGACUGUACACAAAAUAAAUUUUGUUUUACAGACAUUAUUUUACAUUAAAAAUAUUAAACCCAAUUUAUCGUAUUCAUUAUGUUUAAAAAAAGAAAAAAUACACUCACACACUUAUAUUCCAUGUAAAUAUUUGAAAACUAUUAGUAUUAAUGAGGUAUUCAUACAGAAAUAUAUGUUAUUCUAUAUUAGAUGUUCAGAUAUCUUGUACAACUACAAAUUAUUCAAUCAAUGUAAAUUUUAUUGUUUUUCAAAAACUUGUAUUUUGCUUUGAAAUACUAGUAGAAAUUAAAGUUUUCAUACAUUUUCACUUGACACUUUAUAAAAAGUUUCUGUUCUUUUACAAAUUAAUUUAAUAUUGAUUUUUAUUAACCCUCAAAAAUAGAGUUGCUAUUUAGCUAUACACUGAUUCAUAUUUUCUGGUCAGAAAUAUUUACUAUAUAUUUUAAUUAUUUAUAUCUAUAUUAUUACAAAUUGAGUACUCAAUUUGUGUUAGUUUUAAUAUAAAAAAUUAAACAUUAUGGUAUUCAAAAGUAUAAGUUUUAUUUUUGCAGGCUACAUCUGUUGGUUCUGGAUAUCAUCAAAAUGUGUUUUACAAUCGACAAAAAAAAUUACAAUUUGCACAGAAAUUGGAAACACGCUUAUGUUAUCACAUUGGUGGUUCUCAUGUUAAAGAAAAUGUGCCCAUAAUAGAAGCUAAAGAUAUCACUGGCAAAGAAAUGAUCUUGGGUAUGUUGCAGUAUAUUUGGCCAAAGGUUGGUUCUUAUUUUAUAAAAUACUAAUUCUUUAAAACGUCUAAUUAAAAUAUAAUGUACAUACAUUAUAUAGGAUGAUAUGAUGAUUCGCAAACGAGUUACAUUAGCUCUCGGCUUAUUAGCUUCUGCUAAAAUGAUAAAUGUAACCGUACCAUUUCUUCUUAAGUAUGCGAUUGAUGAACUCAAUGUAAAUCUAAGUCCUGGAGGAGAUGCGUUGUUGACAUUAGAUUCAGCACCUGAAACCGUAUUGACUGUUGCAACAAUGCUGUUGAUAUCGUGUGAGUAUUAGUAAGUUCUAAGUAGAUAAAUGGGUUGGGUAGGUUUCAAUGGCCUGAUCACUGAAGAAAGGGCUUAAGCAGGAUUUUAUUUAUUGGUCCAACCUAUCCAACCACUCUCAUAUUAUUGAUUUCAUUAUUCAUAUUUGUAUUCAGUAGGUACAUUAGGUCAUAUGAUAAAGUUCUCUCAAUUUUAAAUUCUAUAUAAUUCAGUUUGAUUAACAUUAAACUUUAUUUAAGGAUAUAAUACUAAUUUUUCAUUAUAUAUUUCUAUUUUUAAAGAGUUAAUAAAAAUUAUAUUUUAUACAAUUUAACCAUAUUAUUAAAUAUUAAAUUAAGUCUUGAAAUUUCUUCAAAAUACUUCACUAUAUUGUCUAUGAAUUCAUCUUUAUCUAUUUUCAGUACCAUGUCUUCUUCAAUACCUAGGAUAAGUGGCUUCCUUGAAGUUUAGCCCCACCAAGUUAUCCGAUCGACUUUAACCUUAUACAAAUAUUUUUCAAAUUGUGAAAGCUGAGUUACAAUUUUAAAUUCUCAUGUUAAAUAUCCCCAAUUUUACAUUUAUCUAUGACUUCAUAUUUAUUAAUAAAAUAAUAAAGUAAAAAUAAAAUUAUUAAAAUGCUUAAUAUUUGUAAAUAAAUAUAUAAAUCAAAAAUGUAUUUAUAAAAAUAAAAAUAAAAUAAAUAAAUGAAUGAAUGCGGUCACCCGGAGUAUUAUGUUAAGUAUAUUCAUUCAUUAAUUUAUUUAUUUUAUUUUUACUUUUAUAUAUUUUUACUAAAUAAAUAUUUAUUAUUAUAUUCAUUGAUAUAUUCAUCAUUACUAUUAUCUGUUAAGGAAGAGUUAAAUAAUUGUGACAUUUUAAAUUCCAAGCAUAGCGAAGGAGUUAUUGGUUUUACUAAGAUGUUUAUUUGUUCUUUCUUUCUUCUAGUCUGUGGACACGUUUUUUACUAGUAAACUUGCUCCGAUUUUUAUGUGUAGCAACUUGUUUGAGAGCUUAAGUUGUUUAUAUAGUUCUUUAGAGGAAAAAAGAAUGAGGAUAUUUUUUAAUUUUAAGUUUUCUACCAGAAAAAAUGAUUUAAUUGAAAAAUCACAAGACACCUUUUUUAUUUAAUUUCUUACGGUAUCAUGCCUAAAACUUUUAAGCUUUUAAGGCAUUUUAAUUUUCGGGAGUUUUUUUGCUGUAAUUUGGUUAUAAAUACAUGUAAACUUGAAACUUGGUAAUAAUACUUAUAUUAGACUUACCUAGACAUGGUAAAAUUUCCUAAAUCAUCAGACGACUUUUGAUUUUCUUUUUGAAACAAUACUAAAUAAUGAGAAGCAAAUUGUUUUAGUUCAAGAAAGACAGAUUCUGUUUUGACUUUGGAUAACUUUAUUAUUUUAUUCAAAUCAUCAACAGGAUUUUUUUCAAGCUCCACAUUUUUACCAUACUUUUUUUGAUCUAACCAACUAUAAUCCAUUAAAGUACCUUAAUUUGGGAUAAACCUUUUUUUGAUAUUAUUAAAUAUGUUAUCGACAAUUAUUUGAAAAAGAUAUUCUUCUAAGAUGCUGGAUAGAAUUAAUAUUUUGUCCAUCAUCAAAAACCUUUUUUCUACAUAUUUUUUUCUCUUUAAAAUGCAUUUAUGAUGAUACACUGAGAUACAAGUACUCUAUAUAAGUUAUUGUAACAACAAUUUUUAUUGGAAACGAAAAUAACAAUUAGUACAUGGAAUCCAUGUAGCUAUGUAAUAAGGUUGUUAUAUUAUGUGAACAGAAAUUUUAAUUUCCGAACUUUUUUGAUUAUUGUUUAAGUGUAUAAUAGUUCCAUAUCGCCAGAUUUGGAAAAAUACCGAUCAUUUGUUGGUGUGUCCAUUAUUUAUAAAUUAUAAUGUACAGUAUUCCAUUUACAGUGUAUCUGGAGUACAUUCAGUAAACAAAAUUAAAAGCUCGAGACCCAGAGACUCGAUGACUACCUAGAUUCAAUGACAUUAUUAUUAUUAUUUUUUUUUUUGACUGAUUAUAAACUUCUGUGAACUCUCAAACAAGUUAAUAGUUUAUACUAUUACAUAAAUUCAAACUUUGAUAGUAAAAAUAAAUAACUCCAUUUUAUAUUUAUUUAAUAGACUUGUCUAACUAAGAUCAUUGGUUAUAACUUAUAAAUAUAAAAUAUUUCAAACAAUUUUUUUUAGAUGGUGUAUGCCGAGCUGCUGCUGCUGGUAUGAAUGAACUUCGUAAUGCUGUGUUUGCUAGUGUUGCCCAGCAGUCCAUUAGAAAAAUUGCCAGAAAUGUUUUCUUACACCUGCACAAUUUAGACCUUAGUUUUCAUUUAUCAAGGCAAACCGGUGCAUUAUCUAAGGUUGUAUUCUAUCACUACUCUAAUAUUUAAUUGUUUAAAUUUUGAACAUAAUAUUAUUAAACCUAGUGACUAUAAUGUAAAAUACAUUUUAGGGUUUAAUUUAUUAAUUUUGAAUUUACCUUUCUAGGUAAUCGACCGUGGGAGCCGUGGAAUAAACUUUGUACUUUCAGCUAUGGUAUUCAAUAUUGUGCCUACAGUAUUUGAAUUAGCUCUUGUCAGCACUAUUUUGGUAUGUAUUUGUAAUAAAAAAAUGAGUGAAAUUGGUUUAAUAAACGUUUUUGAAUCAGGGAUGAACUGAAGGUGGGUUGUGGGAUGGUGCUACACUCCCUCAUUUGGUAAUAUAAUUAUAUAAUAAAUUUAACAAAUAAUGUCAAAACAAGAAAAAGAAAAUUUAAUAAAUGAUAUAAUAUGAUCUAAUAAGUUAAAUAAGUUAAGAUUAUUUUAACUUCAUAUUUCUAGGCAACUGCAGAUAGAGUGUCAAGGCAGCUUAGUGGUGAGAGUUGGUAUAAGAUAACUAAACUUAUCUACCUAUUUCUCAUUUUAUAUUUUUAUCAAAGCUCCAAUUCUUGGUAUUGUUAAUUCUAAUCGGAAGUUUAUAACGCUGAAGCAUUGCAUAGUUUGAUUGUGAAGAAAUAAUUAUAAUUAAAUAAAUAAUAUGUAUAUUAUGUAAAAUAAAAAAGGGCAAACUUCACACUAUGGAUAGGCCACCGUUGGAGAUUGGUUAUACAUGUUUUGUUAUAUUAAUAUUUACUAUUUUCAACAAAAUUUGAUAUUAAAUUUCUUGUAAAAAAUAUUCUUGAUUCCACUCAAUUAUUUUUUUUACCAAAAUUUACGAUUUAUAAUGAACCUCUUGUUAAAAUGAAUUGUCAAGCAUUUCUAUAGAGUCUAACAAUAUUAUCCACAAAGUAUCUACCAAAUAAAAAUUGCAUAACAAAACCCUGUAAAAUUAUAAUGUCUAUAAAUAGCUCAGAAAUAUCACAAAUAUUUUGAAAAUACUACCACGUUUAGAAAAGCCAUUUAUAAAAGUUCUGUCCAAAUUGCAAGGCUAAAUAAAUAUUUUGAAUUGUAUUAAGUACAGCAAAAAAACUAAAUUAAAAAUUUUAAAAGCAUAAUGUUUAAUAAAUUUUCCAAGAGCAAGAUUUUUGGUAGAAAUUAUUACACAGUAUAAAAAAAUAAAAAAUUUAAAACCAAUACAUUCCUCGUUUGCUCAGAAUCUAAAAAUUGGCUCAAUUAUGGUUACACAUUUUAAAUAAAUAGGUAACUUGAAUAAUUUCAAAUUUCAAAAUGUUUAAAUAGAACACAGAUAUGAAAAGAUUGAGAACUGCUGGCCUAAGUGAUAUAUUGUUUACCUCACAUAACAACUGAUGUGUUUUUAUUUUUAUUUUUUUUAGGGAUUAAACUGUGGUUCAGAAUUUGCUGCCUUGUCUGUUGGUUGUGUUUCUGUUUACACAGCAUAUACCCUAUUGAUAACUCAAUGGCGAACUAAAUUCCGAAUUUAUAUGAAUCAAGCAGAAAAUGAAGCAGGAAAUAAAGCUAUGGACUCGUUAAUAAAUUAUGAAACAGUAAAGGUAAAUUUACUUAUGUUAACUCAUAAUUUACAUUUGAUUAAAAUUUAAAAUUUAUAAAUUCUUAUUUUUAUUAUUUAUUUUAAAUUGUUUGUUUUUGUUGAUGAUCAAAUAAUAAUUAUCUGUAAAUAUCAAUUUUGUAUUCAUGUAAAAUAACCUUUUAUUGAGUAGUUAUUAUGAAGGUAAUAAUUAAUGAUGAGACCAAUAUUUAGAUUUAAGUGAUUAAAAGUAUAAUUAUAUUUUAGAUUCUGAGUGGAGCAAAUAAGCUUAUGAUUUUACAAAGAUGUUUAUUUUAUUAUGAUUUUUUUUUUUUUGUUCUGUGAACAACUUUUCUACAAGCAAUUUUGCUCCAAUUUAAAUUGAUAACAAUGUUUCUAAAAUUCAAUUUUUGAAAUUUGCAAUAGUCAUGCAUUUAUAAUUUGCAGUGUUUUAUUUUAAAUUAUAUUUAUUUUUGUUAUUUUAUGAACUAUUAAUAUAUAGUUAGAUCGGGUAGGUAUGAAUUAUAAAUUGGAUUAGGUUAGGUUAAUUGGAUUUAUAAAUUGGAAUAUACUAAAAAUAAAUUAAAUUAUUUUAGUAUUUAUCCAAAAAUUGAAUUAUUAUUUUUUAGCUUAUUAAAGUUUUAAAUAUCAAAUUUAAUUGCAAUAUAUUGUAAUUAAUGAUGGCAAAAAGUUUAUGGUUCAUUAAUUUAUAAGUUCAGCAUUGUUUUUAAUUUUAAAUAUUUAUGUAUAAUUAUUUCAGUAUUUUAAUAACGAAUUGUAUGAAGCUGACAGAUAUGAUCGGGUCUUGCAGAAAUUUGAAGCAGCUUCACUAAAGACCACUUGGAGUUUAGCGGUUUUAAAUUUUGGUCAAAACGCCAUUUUUAGUGUUACAAUAAGUGCUGCCAUGUUAUUGGCAGCCAAACAUAUAGUUGAAGGUAAUGAUUAGAAAGAAUUGAAUUGAGUUGUUAAUUUUUUUUUUAUAUAUAUAAAAAUAAAGAUAAUUGUAAAUAUAGUCAAUUACCAAUCUUGGUCAUUGCAGAAAAUAUUUAUUUUCUCACUUAUUUACUAAUGUUUACUUACUUAAUUUUAACAAAAUCCUCCAGGUAAUAUGACAGUUGGUGAUCUAGCUAUGGUGAAUGGUCUCUUGUUUCAACUGUCCAUGCCACUUGGAUUUCUUGGAUCUGUUUACCGCGAAGUGAGACAGGCUUUGAUUGACAUGCAGUCCAUGUUUGCGAUCAUGUCGUGUGAUCCACUUAUAAAGGUAUGGUAUUAUGGACUUUAAAAUAAUUUAUAAUAGACAAUAUUUGUUUAUAUUUAUAAUAUAGGUUCUAUAAAUAUCUAUAAAUUUAUUUGUAUUUUUUGCCAGAACCAUGUUGAUGCUGUUCCGUUGGCCGUAAACAGAGAAAACGCAUCAAUCGAAUUCCGUAACGUUAGUUUCGGGUAUCACAAUGGCAAAUCCAUUUUGAACAAUCUGUCAUUUUUUGUGCCACCCGGAAAAAAAGUGGCCAUAGUCGGAGGCUCUGGAAGUGGGUAAGCAUCAUUAUAAGUUAUGUUAUUAUAGCUAUAUAAUGGAAAACAUUAAAUUGUAGUCAAUAAUUUUACUAAAAAAUAUUGUUAUUAACUACCUAUACUUAUAAGAUAUGUGAGUAGUUUCGUAAAUGUAUACAAAAGAUGCAGAUAGGUACUCAAGUUUAAAAUAAUUAAUAUGAUUAAGUUAGCCAUUAGGCAUGAUUCUCAAAUUUUUUUAUUAUACUUCUUGGCUCUUGCACUUCGACUUUUUAUCAGAUUUUAAUGUAAGUGGAUAUGUUUUUCUUAUUUUAUUUUUGUUUGUCUUGUUUAAACUUCUAACUGCAUCUGUCUGGUUGUACUUAUAUUAAAUGCAUUUUGGUAAUUUACUAAUUUAUACACAAAUUUUUCAGGAAGUCGACAAUAAUCAGAUUGCUGUUUAGGUUUAUUGAACCCACUUCUGGUGAAAUAAUUAUUGGUGGACAAAACAUCAAGGAUGUUGACAUUAAUAGUCUGCGGAAAUGUAUGGCCGUAGUCCCUCAGGUUGGAGACUACAUAAUUAAUACCUAUCACAGAUCGUUUUUGAGUGAAAAAUGUUUCUGAACUACGUAUGAAUAUAAUACCUAUUAAAAAACCAUUAAAUAAUAUUAUAAAGUUUAACUCUUUGAGUUUAUAAAUAAUAGGUAAAUAUAUAUAAUAAUGGUUGAGAAUAAUGUGUAUGCUUAAUUUGAAAAAAAAAAUUAUGUGAUCAUACCCUAAAAAGAGAGGCAUUCAAAAUACUGAAAUACUAAAUAAAUCCCUGUUUAAUGAUAUCACCAGAUUCAUUUAGCACCUUAUAAUACACAUUCAAAUUCGAUUGGGUAUUUAGGUUUGACCACUCAAGCAAAUACUCUAUAUGAGAAUAUGGGACAUUUGCCGAAAUUUUUGUCAGGAUUUUGAUUAGGAUUGUGAAAAUACUUUAAAAAUAAAUAUUAUUCAUGUAAAAAUUUUAUACAUGAAUGAUAUUUCAUUUGUAAGCAAAUAAGUUUACUAUUUUGUAAUGUCCACAGGAACAACAUUUUAAUUAUUUUUACAUGUAUUUAUCUAAAUAAUAUAAUUUGAACUCUGAAGUAUUUUAUGUUUUCUAUAUGUGUUCUAUAGUAUUCGUUGUUUUUUAUUACAUUGUGCAUAAUAUGGAAUUUCUAAAUUUAAUUAAUACAGUACCUAUUCGAAAAACAUUUGAGCCAACAAUGCCAUGGACACCAUUUCUAUAAUGUAAUUAAUAUAAUACUACCUAUUGAUUAUUUAUAGGAUUCAGUUUUAUUUCAUGACACCAUCAUGUACAACCUCCAAUACGGUGAUAUGAGCAAGCCCGAGUCAGAAGUUAUUGAGGCUGCCAAACUUGCAGAACUUCACAACUCAGUGCUUGGAUUGGUCGAUGGGUAUUCCACUCGAGUGGGCGAACGGGGCUUGAUGAUAUCAGGUGGCGAAAAGCAACGGGUGUCUAUUGCCCGAGCCAUACUCAAAGACAGUCCCAUUCUAAUAUUUGACGAAGCCACAUCUUCAUUGGACUCUAUCACCGAACAGGUCAGUUAAUAUAUUUUUUACUAUUAAUAUUGUUUCAUUCAAUCCUCUGGAGUAAAUGAUACGUUUUUUUUGGAUGCAUUAAAAAAUAAUAACUGUACGAUUCGGGUGAAUUUCAAUAAAAUGUAGAUAAAUAUAAAUAAAUAUAUAUAUUCACUUUUAAGGUAGGAGGAGAGUAGUGGGGUAUCAUUUGUGUAGUGGCAUGGCGUGCAGCGUUUUAUUAGUGUUUCACUUUUUUCCUCCUACCUAAACUUAAAAGUGAAGUAUCUCGUCAAUGGGUUGACAAUAAUUAAAAAUAUAGACACCAAAAUUUAUUUAAAGUAAUACUCCAUCUAUUUGUGAAAUUUUUAAUAUAGGUUCUCAUUUAGAAAACCAAAAUUGGUAUAGCCACAUGAUACUCCUUAAAUGUUAUGCAAAAUAUAUGUAUUUGAAAAUAUCUGCUUUAACUGCACUUAAAAAUCAUAAUUUGAAUAUAUACAACAUUUAACCAAAAAAAUAGUGAGUACGCUUAGUGAAUCACCCUGUAUAUACACACUAAUUUAUUGGACAUAAAAAAUUGUAAAAUAAAGCUCACAUAUUAUAUUAUUGUAGGUAUAGUAUUCGUGGAAUCGUAUUUUUGUCUGGAAGCUGUUAUAUCAAACACAUAAAUUAAUUUUAGUAUAUGGUAGACAACUUUAAUCUCUUUCAAAUCCAUAGUAUUAAUGUUAGUGUUUUUUAAAAAAACAUUAAAACAAACUUGUUUAUCCAAUGGUUAAAUUUAAUAUAUAUUUUUGUGACUUGCACAAGCCAUCUUAUCUUAAUUUUAAAUAUUUGACCCAUCGAUUUUUUAUUAUAAUAUUUUAUUUAUAUAUAUAUAUAUAUAUAUAUAUGUGUGUGUAUUAUAUAUUUAUUAUUAUUAUUUAUAGAAUAUAUUGAAGGCUUUGCGACGAGCCACGCAGAACAAAACAAGCAUCUGCAUCGCCCAUCGGCUUUCGACAAUUAAAGACGCUGACGAUAUUAUGAUAUUAGGCAAUGGCUCCGUUGUAGAGAGUGGAAGCCAUCAAAAACUGAUGGAACAAAAAUCGUCCGAAUACUCAAAAAUGUGGAAUAUUCAACAAGACACAGCAUCAUAAUGGAAAUAAAAAACCAACAAUAUUAUUAUGUCUGUGGUCUCUAUUUGUUUUAUACCAGUGUGAAUUUCAAUUGUUUCCCUUGUACAGUUGUAUCUAUUCAUAGACCACAAUAAUUAAUAUACCCUUUGUAUGUAUCCUACCAACCAUUUACAAAAUCUGUGUGAACUAGUUAUUAGUCAUUAUAUUUUUGGCUGUUUUUGAAACAUAUAAUACAUUAUUAUAUUGUAUGUACGUGUGAUUGUUUUGACAUUUAAGUAUUAUAAAAAUUAUAUAUUAAAGAACCUAUAGAUAUCACCCGUGACCAACAAAAAUGUACUUAUUACAGAAUAUUGUAAAUUAUUGAUCAUUAUUAUUCAUUAUUUGUUUUCUCGAUAAAUUCAUUUGGAAUUGUUCAUUCUCCGAAUCGACCUCUUGUUUAUCAAUUUAAAUUGUUUAUAUAUCAAGUGUACACUUGUAGUUAUAGCAACAAAGUACCUAACGUUGUACCAAAGUUUUGCAGUCUUACUGAAUUUUUUUUUAUUCCCUUGGAAAUAUUUUCGAAUAAUCAUUUUUGAUGAAAUUUUUUUCAUGCUAUAAAUUCAGACACGGAUACUUCUCAUAAUUUAUGGUACCUACUUUAAUUGUAAAUUUUAAAAAAUAAUAGAUAAUCGAUUUUGUUCAAUUGAAUAAAAAGCUACUA